AAACGUUCCAUCUACCCUUGUAACCCCGCCAUGAGCAGCCUGGAGCCUUACAAGGUGUCAGUAAGGCAGCAACAGCACCACCACCACCACUACCGUCAAUACCAGCCACCCCGGCCACCUCUGACGCCCUUCUUCUAUUGUUCAGUGCCAAUCCCAUCUGACAUGCGACGGCGUCCUGUCACUUCGGCCGUUUGCGAGUCGCACUUCACCUCCAACUCGUCUGUUCACCGUUUGUCCAACUGCAAACGGCCUGCUGUUGCUUCUACUGGCCGUGCAUCUGUUCACGAGAUGCCACCUUCCCAGUUCCCCACCUUCUAAUCUCCGAGUCCACUCUUGCAACUCUCUCUCUCUCUCUCUCUCUCUCUCUUUCUUUCGCCCUUACUCACUGACCACAAUUUAUACUUCUACCUUCGAGACAUUGUAUACUGAUCGAUCUGCUAUGGCAGCCCCGCUUACUCCCCCCUCAACUGCUUCGCGGCAAAGAGUCUCACCAGAUUCCCCAUUCAGCGACUACGGCUCAUGCGACUCAUCGUCUUCGGCUUCCCAGAAGGACUUGGUCCGACGCAUAACGACGAUCAGUGACAUGAUAAGUAAGACAGAUCACUCGGCGCCCCUCACCCGAGCUCUCAAUGCGAGACUUGAAGUAGUCGAGUCUAUCCUGUCAGCCCCGAACCCGCAAAGCCGACUUCACCUGGAAGACUCUGGUCUUUUCUUGGAUGAUGACGAUAUCAAGGUCGCAACACACUAUCAAUCUGAGGGCAGUCCUAGACCUCUACUGGAGAAUCCUGUGGAUGGACAACUGGAUCGCAUCGCUCAAAAUGUUGAAGAGCACAUGCACUUCAUGAACAGAUUGUUGGACGAAGCCAAGCACAGAGAGAUGGAAUUGGAGGACCAUAUAGGGGAUAUUCAUGAAAUGAAUCUGAAGCUGUCGCAACGCCUCGAAGAAGUCAAGCACAACAACUCAAGUGCCCUCAAGCGCAUCAAUGCUCAAAAGGAGGAAAGUGCGUCGCUUCGAAACCAUAUAAUCAAGCUUGAAACUCGCAACCAGCAGCUAGAGGCUCAACUGGACUCGCGGACACGGGGUAACAUGUCUACCUUAUCUCAGAUCGAGGAUCCGCAGCCCAUCGACAUGCCGACAGUUCCCGUUCCGAUUGAAAGCGAUGCUGAGUCUGACGGCCCUGUUAUAACACGUUGGUCAGCAUUCUGGGGUGCUUUGCAGGAUGCCGCUGGGAUCCUGGACUACGAGCGUCUCGUGUAGGACCGCGAUCAAGACUUUGACCAUCAACCAAACUCGAUUAUCGUCUCCAUUUUAUACGCUUAUUAACUACUACGACUUAUGACCGGAAUAUGGUGGUAUGUUUCCAAUUGCAUGCCUCACUGCGCCUUUACGACGAAUGCAUGAAACAUUGUCUGGUGCAAGUAACGAAUUAUGAUCGAAUGACGAUUGGCGUGCUACAGGAGCAUUAUUCACUUUCGUAGAUACCCGGCAUCACAUAUUUGAUUCAGCACGAUCAUGAAACUAGCGAUACUUACUUUCAAUGUACUAUUUAUCUUAUAUGCUUUGCGAUGUUAAUGAGACC